AUGUCUUCGCGAAUGCAAUGUACACGAACCGGAAUAUCGGAUAUGGCUAGAACAGCACAAGAAGGUGAAGUCAAAAGAGCUGCGACAUUAAAAAUGUCAGCUGAGGCUCGUCUUUUGCGUCAUCAGGAAUUGGAACGUCAACGAAAGCAGGAGGAGGAUGAGCUUACUGACGACUCCUGUCAUGCUAGAGCCCACAAUGGUUCUCAGACGCCUUCAUCGCGAUACAGCAGUCGCCACUCGUCAAUCGAGCCAUCUUACGCCACAAGUACGUACAGCAAUGACCCACGAGAGUUAAAACGCCUGCUCAUGCAGUUGGAGGAGAAGUACAGGGAGGUUCUGGUGAUUAAUGCUCAGCUGGACUGUGAAAAACAAUUUCUUACUUAUUCCGUGGACUUGCUGAAGGAUAAAUUAGAGGACGUCACCGAAUCAAAUCAGUACAACCAAAAAUGUGUUGCGGACAAGAAGAAGGAGCUGGCGUAUCAGCGGAUGCAAGUGUUGGAACUGAACCAUCAGCUGGAGGUGGCCCAACAUCAGAUAGCAAUUCGUGAUGAGCUGAUCACGGAGCGUGGUCUUGUGCUUGUGAACGCUGACGGCAGCCAGAGUGUCGGCGUGGCCAACGGUGAUACCAGCCGUCCUCUCCUCAACGGCACAAAUAACACAACAGAUCACCUUGGAAACGUCACCGAUGCUGUUCAGCCAUCGACUUCCGCGACAACUUCCUCCUACGCCAUCCUCUCCAAGUCUAAUGCGGAAGCCCUAAAAUUGAUUAGCGGAUCUGAUAUCGACUCAAAGCUGGCGACCUUGCUGGAGGAGAGGGCCAAGGACAAGGAGCGGAUCGAGGUGCUGAAGUCGCACCUCGCCGAGGAGCGCGAACGGGUGGAACUCGUGCAAAAGCUGGACACUCGCGCCAAAGGCGGCGAUCCAGAAAACUUGCGUCAUGCUGUGCAAACUGCUCGCUCUCAAGCUCAAGAUUACAAAUUUAGAUUGGAACAAGCCAACCAGAAAAUCACUGGUCUAGAGGGUGAUAUUAUCCGGUUAGAAGGACAGGUAAAGCGGUUCAAGACAAUCGCCGAAAACGCUGAGGCACAAGAAGAUCAACUGAAACAGGAACGGAGGAAAAUUCAUCGUGAGCUUCGAGAGGCUCUUUCCACAAUUGAUGAUCUUAAGUCUGAGAACACAACACUACAGCGGAAAAUCGAUAAGCUGUCUAGGGGGAUGCCAGGCGCAGCAAGUGGCUCUAGCCUUCGCUCCUACCGAGGUUCCUCUCAAGCCCGGUAG